AUGGCGGAGCCGGGGGCGCCCAUGCGGCUGAAGGAGUGGCUGAUCGCGCAGAUCGACAGCGGCCGGUACCCGGGGCUGCGCUGGGAGAACCGGCAGAAAACGCUCUUCCGCAUCCCCUGGAAGCACGCAGCCAAGCAGGAUUACCGGCAGCAGGAGGAUGCUGCGCUCUUUAAGGCUUGGGCCAUCUACAAGGGGAAGUACCACGAAGGGACGGACAAGGCCGACCCCUCCACCUGGAAGACGCGGCUCCGCUGUGCCCUCAACAAGAGCACCGACUUCCAGGAGGUGCCCGAACGGAGCCAGCUGGACAUCUCCGAGCCUUACAAGGUGUACCAGAUCGUGACUGACAGAGCCUGUGAUGCAGAGGACAGUGACACACAGUCCCCAGGCAGUGAGGACCAGCAGGGCAGCACUGCAGGGAGUCUGAAGAAGGAGGAAAGCCAGAAGGACAUGCUGGACAGUGCCCAUGUCUCUCCACAGCCCUGGCUCUCUGGCCACCCAACCGAGCGAGGGUGCCUUGUCAGGGGAGUCUUCUACGGCUGGAACCCAACCCAUGGCCAGCUUCUUCCCAGACCCCAGUCCUACCUCCCUGUGGAGGAUGUCAACAAUUCAGACUGCUGGCUGCACAUCCGCCUGUACUACUGCGAUGUGCUGGUGAAGGAGGUGACCACGCGCACGGCCGAGGGCUGCCGCAUCACCACCAGCGCCGUGCAGGCCGACAGCGAGCGCCUCUACGGCCCCUCCUGCAUGGAGCAGAUCCAGUUCCCCCCACCGCAGGUGCUCAGCGGCCACGGCCGCGUGGCCUGCAUGACCAACGUGCUGGAGAGGCUCCUGCCCCACCUGGAGCGUGGGGUGCUGCUGUGGGUGGCACCUGAGGGGGUCUUCAUGAAGCGCCAGUGCCAGGGCAGGGUGUACUGGAACGGGCCCCUGGCCCCGCACAAGAACUGGCCCAACAAACUGGAGAGGGAGAGGACUUACAAGCUGCUGGACACGCAGCAGUACAUCCAGCAGGUGCGGGAGUACCUGAGCAACGGGCAGCUCCUGCCUCAGUACCAGAUCUACCUGUGCUUUGGGGAGGAAUACCCCACCAGAGCUGGCCACCCCUUCCAGAAGCUCAUCAUGGCUCAUGUGGAGCCGGUGUUCGCUCGGGAGCUCUUCCAUCACGCCCAGCGCUUGAGGCCGACCCUGCUCUGCAAUUCCCCCCAGCCCUGUGCUCCUGGCACCUCCAGCCAUGUUCUCCAUGUCCUCAAACAGCUCUGCCAGCCCUGA